AUGCCAAGAACAAAGAAGCAAAAAAAGCAGACAAAGGUGAUUCGACUGAAAGGGUUAAAUUCGGAUCAAGAAAACAGUCGAAAGAGGUAUUAUAAAGAAUACAAAAAUUUGAGAAGAGCUGAUCCUGAAUUCAGAGCAGCUGAAAGAAAAAGUGAAGUCUGUCAUAAACAGACAAAACGAGCUGAUCCCGAAUUCAGAGCAGCUGAAAGAAAAAGUGAAGUCUGUCAUAAACGGACAAAACGAGCUGAACCUGAAUUCAAGUCAGCUGAAAAUUUGAAAGGAACUCCUAACAAGGGGAGAAAAAGAAAUGAAGAUCCUGAUUACAGAGAUUUGAAGAAAGAGGUUGGAGCUCAAAGAGCCAAAAGAGCUGAUCCUGCUGUAAGAAAAGCUGAAAGAGAAAGGGAAGUCUAUGGUAAACAGCCUAAGAGAGCUGAUCCUAAAUUCAGAGCAGCUGAAAGAGAAAGGGAAGUCUAUGGUAAACAGACUAAGAGAGCUGAUCCUAAAUUCAGAGCAGCUGAAAGAGAAAUGGAAGUCUAUGGUAAACAGACUAAGAGAGCUGAUCCUAAAUUCAGAGCAGCUGAAAUAGAAAGAGAAGUCUAUGAUAAACAGACUAAGGGAGCUGAUCCUAAAUUCAGAGCAGCUGAAAGAGAAAGUGAAGUCUAUGGUAAACAGACUAAGAGAGCUGAUCCUGAAUUCAGAGCAGCUGAAAAUUUUAAAGGAACUCCCAACAAGAGGAGAAAAAGAAUUGAAAAUCCUGAUUACAGAGAUAUGAAGAAAGAGGUUGGUGCUAAAAGAGCUGAUCCUGAUUUCAGGGAAGCUGAAAGAAAAGACGAAAAUGUGUCAAAACUGUUUCGAAGACAGAAUAAAGAAAUGUCAUCAACUGAUGAAUUAAUUGCUGAAUUUAAUAAAAAAUAUUGA